AUGUUUGUAAAGCAUAUUUUUUAUUGCGACGACCAGCUUCCAAAAGCAGUUUGCGCAAAACUUUUCGCUCCUGGAACUGAUGAGGCCAAGCCUGCAGUGAGUGUAAGUGAUAAGGACAGGCCCAAAUGUUGCUAUUCGGACGGCACAAAUCAGAGUAAUGGUUUCAUCAAGGCCGCCUUGAAGACAUGCCCAAAACAUUGUGGUCUGUGCUGCGAAGCAGCCAAGUUCGACUGUAAGGAUAAUGAAAGUAAACUGCAAAAAGACCUGCGGUUUUGCGACGAAGAAACAACCGUACCUGCUCAAACUACUGUCGGUGCAGUAGUUUGA